GAGCAAACAACGGCUUCGCCUUCACUUUCACUUUCACAGUAAUUAACUAAGCCCGUGCAAAUAUAACAUAACCUGCCCGCUCCUGCCUUCAGCUCCGUUUGCGCCAACGCUAGACUCUUCCCCACCAACCUUUGCAGGCAACCCACCUACGUUUCCGCAACAUCGACCGACCUAGCGAUGGACAGCACGCAGAAAGCCCCGCCUGUUCUUCCCGAAUCCCAGCAGCCCUUCCAAGACGUCAUGGACGAUGUUGUCUUUGUGCGAACGGUAGAGAAGCCGAAGCCGAAGCGAGACAAAGUUUUGGGCCCAAAAACAGCGACGCCGACAAAGCAAGCGACACCUACUGAUCUCCCGCCAUAUGAAAAAUACUUGGGUCAGAUCAUUGACUUGGGUAACGACAACGAAGACAUGUCAGAUACCAUCCCUACACCUGCACCCACAGAAGACUCGACAAACACGCUCCCACCGCGCAAGGAUGACGAAGAGUCCUCUAGUACUCACCGUCCUGUGCUUCCCAAAGUGCCCCUCCCAGAAGACGGGCCAGGAUACCUACCCGCAAUGCGCCGUGUGCUCGAACAGGCUCUUGGAAAGGAAACGCUGGACCGCCUCGAGCAGUAUAGUAUUCAAGAUGUAGAAGCUAAAGACAAAUAUAUACGCAAGUUGGAGACGGAGAUCGACAUGCGCUACAAGAAUUUCUUCACGACCGAGCAACUUCAAAAGGAAAAGAUGGAUAUGUUAAAGGCACGCGCAAAAGGAGGAGAUGAGGUCACUAGGACAGAGAGGGAAUUGCUACGAUUGGAAAUCGAGGGGCUCAAGGGUGAGCUAGAGAACAAGGAGAGUAGCACACGUGUUCUUCGUGAUGAGAUUGAUACUUUGAAAGCCGGGUACUUGGAAAGGGAGAAGGAGCUGAAGGCGAUGGAGCUGAAGCUGUACAUGGAGCUGGAGAAGACGAAGACGACGAAGUUGGAGCUAGAGAAGGUGUUGGAGGAGAAGAAUGUGACGAAAUCGGAGCUGGAGGAGAACAAGGCGAGAGAUUUAGAGUUGGAGAAGGCUCUAGGGCAGGAAAAGAAGAAGGCGAGGGAGCUGGAGCUGGAGCUGGAGCUGGGACUGGGACUGGGACUGGAACUGGAGAAGAAGAAGAAGAAGAAGAAGAAGAAGGCGAUGGAUGCGGAUACUAAACCCCGAGAUAAGCGGUAUGAGAAGCUGCAGAAGAAGCUAGGAAAGCGCAAGCUGGUCAAUAUUGUGUUGAGGGAGGAGAUUGCGGCACAGAAGAACAAGGUCGGCGAGCUGGAGAAGGCCUUGGAAGACGUGUCCGUCAAAGACAAACGUAUCCAGUCGCUCCGUUCGACGGUUAAUCGGCUUGAAAAAGUUCUCUACGAACGCAACCGGACGACUAAACCCCGCAAGGGUGAGACGAAGACACAGGCUAGCAAGUAA